CCCGUAUCUUCCACAAACAUGCGCCAGACACUCCCCCUCGCUUCAGCUGUGGCCUUGAUGUCCUUGACGCCUACGGCCGUGGCAGACACUCCGCCGUACCAGCCUUGUCCACUGCUGAGAGCCUAUUACCCGGCACUGACGAUCAGCAAAGAAGCCGAGACGGUCAAGUCCUUCGCGGCAGAUUUCACAUCGCUCUUCGAUCACCUCAUCGAAUCGAACGGCUCUGAAGACUUUGGCGCGAUCACGCCCAACACCACGUCCUUCUCAGUGGUAUUGUUCUCCGGCUCCGAAACCACCGACGACGACCCUAUCUUCUUCGAGUACCACUACACGGCCCCCAAAGCAACAAAAAACUCCACUGUCGACGCAAACACGAUUUUCCCGCUGGGCACCCUCACCCAGCUGUUCACUGUCUACUCGUGGCUCGUGGAAGUCGGGGAUGGGCACUGGGAUACAUCCAUCACCGUAUUCUUGCCGGAGCUCAACGACGCGUCUGCGGCCGAUCUAGCUGUGGAAUGGGACGAUAUCACCGUCGGUGCGCUGGCCGGUCAUAUGUCUGGGCUUGCUAGGGACUGUAAGUUGCUCCCAAAGUCAACAACACCCGCGACUCCGUUAAGUGUUGCUGACGGUCGUCGCUUAGCCCACGCAUGCAUUCUCAGUCAGCCUUGCCCCCGUGCGGAUUUCAUACAAAAUAUUGGCGGCCAAGCCCCCCUUUUCUUGCCGGACACUACACCCGUCAUCUCCAACGCUGCGUUCCAACUUCUAGCGCUGGCCUUAGAAGCCCAGAGUGGCAACAGGACGCUCGACCAGGUCCUGUCAACCGGGCUCUUCGAGCCUCUCGGCAUGGCGAACAGCGGCCUUCUGACGCUGGCGGAGAACACGCAGGUCUUCGCCCAGGACUUAAAUGGCUCUGCUAUCGGGGAGCCAGGUGCCCUUUCCAUGCUCUCCACCGCCGCAGACCUCGCACGCGCCGGCCACGCCAUGCUCAGCUCCCGCCUCAUCUCGCCCGCCGCCACCCGCCGCUGGCUCCAGCCCGUCGCCGACACAUCGAACCUCCGCAACGCUAUCGGCCGCCCCUGGGAAAUCUACCACGCCGGGCGACAGGGAAACAGCUCGAUCCUCGACGUCUUCACCAAGACCGGCUCGAUCGGGCAUUACGCGAGCUACUUCGGUCUCGCCCCAGACUUCGACGCGGGGUUCGCCAUCCUGGCGCACGAAGCGGAAGCCGCCCGCGGCCCGGACCUCAACGUGUACGCGGACAUCGUGUCGCUGGCCGUCGCGCAGCUGCAGGAUCUUGCCGCUGCCGAGAUGGCGGCGCGAUAUGCCGGUACGUUCGUCGGCCCCGCUGGCACUGCUACCUUCACAGUCUCCGGCGACGGCCCGGGCCUGGCUGUCUCGAGGCUGGAGGCCGGCGAGGUCGAUCUGCGUGCGGAGAUCGCCGCUGCCGCGGGUGUCGGGCUGGAGGACCUCGACUUCCGCCUGUACCCGAGCAACGUGGCGACCGAGACGCGGCAUCAGUUCGUGGCGGUCUUUCAGGACAAGGGCGCACCGGUUGACAUGGGCACGCCAACUUGCGUCACUUGGCAGGAUGUUGGUGCUUUGGGGUUGACGUUUGAUGUCCGAGUUAUGUUCGAUUUGGACAUGUCUGGAAAGGCCACUAACGUCACCGUAGCUGGGGGCUCCUUGUCGUUGAUGAGAGUGGCUUGGUAUCCAGUGCAACAGCAAAGGAGUCGUUGGAGCAGGAGAUACAUCAGAGUUUGA